AGUCAUCCAGUGUGGAGGUUCUGCGUACUGAACCUUCAGCACAACAUGAAUUUGAAAAGAAUAUGGAGAGACUCUCUGACAUUCUUUCCUCAUGUCCUCCUCCUGAGCCUCAAAGAAGCUCUGCCUCAUCCUGGUCUUUUCGGCAGCAGAAAGCCUCAGAGCGCUGGAAAGAAGCGAGACCACACCACCUACAAUGCCUUCUAGAAAAAGAGGCUGUUGGUCAUCCCCUGUGUGGCCUCUGCCACGAGCCGGCUGUUAUUAGGUGUAGAGAGUGUCUCCCCGAGGAGUGGUUCUGUGGAGACUGUGAUGUACUUCAUCACAAGAAACAGCCACUCCACAACAGGGACAGUUUAAUGAAUGGGUUUUUUAAACCAAUUAGUCCAACAACGUGUGUUGUUAGAGUGGAAGGUGGAUAUGACACCCAUGACCAAGCUUGCAUAUUGCCAACUGUGAAGGCACCCAACUGCUCCUGUAAAGGCAAAAACUUCACUGUGGUACCAGGCAAACCAGUGAUUUUAAUUACCAUCAAUGGGCGUUAUGACUUGCAUCUGCCACUAUAUGUCUGUCAAACUUGCCAGCAGCAGUGGACCCCCGACUUGAAAGUCCUCCUUAAGAGUGGAUACUGGCCAGCUUCGGUCAGUAUUUCAACACUUUACACCUUGGACCUCAUGAGCUCCUUUGAAGAGCUCAAGGUCAUCUCUCCGGGAUUCUCCAGACAGGCCUUUGCAAAGCUGCUGGAGCAUCGCACAAAGUGUGGAGGAAGAUCUGGACCUGUCAACGGAGAUGCACUGCAGCGCAGCUUUCUGGAGUUCUCCUAUGCCUCGUAUGAGGAAGACCAGCUCUGCUGUGGUGCUCCUUUCAUCUGCCCUGCCUGCACGCCGGAGAUGUUGGCUGUUUCUGCCGAUGGAAACAGGAAGCUCUAUCGCUUUCGGCGAAGUGGAAGUUCUGAUGGCAGCGCCUUUUUUAAUGGGCUCUUUGUAGCAGAAGACAGCGCGGUGGCUGCAUUUGUCGACAAAAUACAGAGAUCACUGAAAAAUACCCAGGGAAGAGGCACAUGUGGGGACUCCCAGUGGACAGCAGCGAGGGAGACGUCAAGGAGGGCUUCUAAGCUGGAUGAAGAAGGGAUGGAGGUGGCUGUAUGUCGCCAUGGGUUUCUUUUGAAGGCCUUAAAUAUGUACAGGGGGGAGAUAUUCGCCUACCCCCUGUAUCUUCAAAAGGAACUCAUGCCAGCCAAAGCCAAGUUCUUCGCCAUGGAUGUGGCUUGCAAGUACUGGCCGUACAUGGAGAAAGCUGCAAGUGUCCUUCCUGCUCUCCAGGAGCUGACCACCAUGAAGCCAUUCCUCAGUGUAAUGCAUGCUCGAGCCCAUGCUACCAAAUGCGAGAUUAUAUGGAGUGGGAAGAACCAGGAGGGAGCAGGGAUGACCGCCGGGGAAGAGGUGGAGCAGGUCAACAGCUACCUGUCCCGUUGUGCCCUGACAACCAAAUACAUGUCCAAAGCAGCACGACUGGACAUGCUCACAGUGCAUGCUAUGGGAUGGAACAGGAAAAAAGGUGACUCCCUUCAUAAGGCACUUUCCACAAGAUAUGUGAAGACUAGUAAGAGGCUCCUGGAAGAGACUGCAAGUCUUGAGGAACUCAAGACGGAGCUACAUUGUGUCUCAGAUGACAUGGUGUCGACGUGGAUUUCCGACGUGAAGGAAUGGGCAUCUGGAACAUCAGAAACAUCGGGUACUUCUGAAGACAUCCUUCAAACAGCACUGCAGCAAAGCAUUGAGGGGCUUUACCUAAGUGUGAGGCAGCGGAAGCAAUCCCUUUACCGACAGAAUGACAGCAGCAAGCUCCGCCAUCGACUUCGAAGGAAGCUUGCAGACGACAAAAAGCGCCUUAACCAGGAGAUACUGAAGUACAACCAGCUGGUACACGACUCUGCCAGAGGCAUAGAUGUUGCUGCGGUGGAGCAUUCCCUCUCUGGAGGGAGCAUCAUGUCCGCGCUGUGGCCGUGGGAAGUUCAUGGCAUGGCUAACUUUACAGCCAAGAAAAAGAUACUGGAUCAAGUGAUGCUUACACGGAGACUGCAAGAGGAGAAAGGCAUCCUAUUGUUGGAGAUGGCGCAGCAUUGCACAUGGUUGCAGAACAUGGCAGUUGCUCUAAAAAAUAAGGUGGCUGAGGAAGAUGUAGACAAGGGGAAUGUAGGACUUGGGUGCACCCUAAGAAGGAAGCAUGCUGAGGCGUCGGAGAGGUUGCAGGUGGUACUGCAGCAGUACAAGACUGCUUUAGGUCCUGAUGCUUCUUUCCUUCAACAUGAAGAGGAAAGUCAAAGUGGCCUAAGCAGUCCAGACACCAGUGAGGAUGAAGAAGGAAACAUCAUUUAGAUUGCUGCUGCUCUCAAGCACGAAUAUCCGCCAAGACUUGAUGUGCUAUCAGAAAUGUAAAUACUUUACUGACUUUAUAUUUAGAGAUUGUAUUCAUACUCCUCAAUGGAAGAUCACCCUUGAAUAUGUUGACCAUAUGACUUUUCCCUAUGCCGCAGCAUCAGGCCAAACAUUUCACUUGUACACAACUUAAAUGUUAUUGAACAAAAUGCUCAGCGUCCCUGGAAUGCAUCCUGAGCAAUGAACCAUUCACUUUUGAUCCUUUUUGAAACACACAUGUCCAAGUAUAUCUUGCUGGUUACCAAACAACUUGGUGAGCACAUCAUUGUCCAAGAGCAGGAGGUCUUUCCCUUUUUUCCCAGAACGGGAUGCCUAUGCAUUAUUAUUUUCGAUCUCUUAUAGGAUUUACCUGUCAUUAACUUUAUAUGACUGCACCUGUUACACUGCAGGCCAAUGACAGCUUUGCUCUAAUUGUUCAUUUUUGUUUCUUUUGCGUUACUUGCUUUUAUUGCUUUGUCAGUUAUAUUUCCUUUUUGAUCUCCAGCUAUUAACCUGAUUGAUUGAAGUACUUCAAUCAACAUGUACAAUGCACAAUCUUUUAGGAUGUAUAAUUAGGGACAUUGAGAUAAACAACAAAUAGUUUAUUUGGUGAAUCACCUCAUUGUUGUUCUCAAAACCAAAUAAUACAUUGUUAUAAAUUGUUAUAUUUGAUUUACACAUAGAAUGUACAUGUUUAAUAUACAUAGUUAAAUCCUAAAAAAAUGGUUGUGUUGUAUGAUUUCUUAAUACUGUAUGUUAUAACCUUUUGCAUAACUUGAUUUUAUGUUCUGUUGUCCAUGCUUUUCAUGUUAGACUAACCCCAACGCUCUAGAGUCAACAUACACCCUUAUGGUGGCCUUUUACUUGUAUUGUGGUGAAACACAUAAGUAAAUCAUUGCCAGAGAGGACCAUUUUAUUGUUUUAAAAACAAUGUUAUUGAUGUGGUUGUUUGAUGAAUAAAUAUAAAUUAAGCAUA